AUGGCUACAUUUUCUAAAACAGGCUUCAAAACUAUCAAUUACAACAGUUUCCGUCCACGCUAUCCACCAUCUUUCUACGAAAUUUUAUCCAAUUACAGUGGUAAUAAGAUCGGCAAUAGUUUGGACAUAGGGUGCGGAACAGGUAUUGCAACUUAUGAUCUUCUUAAUAUCAGUGAUAACGUUGAAGGUGUUGAUUUAUCCCCUUCAAUGAUUAAAACUUGUAAUGAUUUAAUCAAAGAAAGAUGUGAAUCUUUAGGUAUCAGUGAUUUUAAAAGAAUUUCUUUCAAUGUUGGUGAUUUAGAUAAUUUAGAUACAUUGACAGAAGGUAAAUAUGAUUUAAUCGUUGGAGCUCAAUGUUUACAUUGGUCUAAGAAUUUUGAUCAAUUAUUCAAGAAAAUUUAUAAACUCCUCAAACCAAAUGGGGUGUUCGCUUAUUGGUAUUAUGUUGACCCUAUAGUUACCAAUGCUUCAGGUAAAAAUGAUUUACAAACCUUAGAAAAGGCUAAACAAAUUUACUUCAAGUAUAUGUAUGAUGAUGAAAAUCUUGUCGGUCCUCAUUGGGAACAACCAGGUAGAUCAAUCAUUAAAAAUUACUACAAAGAAAUUGACGAUAAAAUCCCAUCAAUGUUUAAAGAUGUUAAGAUCAAUAAUUACGAAGUUGAUCUUAAAAACUUUAAAAAACCAACUGAAGGUGAAGAUUUGGUCUUAGUUAAAGAAAAUAUCAACAUUGAUCAAUUAUUCAACUAUGUUUCCACUUAUAGUGGAUUACAUAAUUAUUUAGAAGCAAAUCCCGAAUCUAAAGUCAUUGAGGAUUAUGCUAAUGAGUUAAAAUCCGAAACUGGCUGGACCGAAGAUACUUCUAUUGAUUUAGUAUGGAAUACUGGUUAUACUUUAGUUAGAAAAUAA